AUGGCACUCCCACGCAAUCCAGCAGGCGAGGCUUACGGUCCUACUUCUGGAGCACCCCAACUCUACCCAAAAGGGACAGAACAAUUCCGUCCUACAAACACGGAUGACUCCUCAGUCCCUAUUUCCAAAAACAAUAUGGAUACUUCUGUUCACCAAACCCUGUACGAAGCAGGCCUUGAAAUGAGGAAGAAAGUCGUCGGUGAGGAUUAUGUGGCCAACGCUCUCGAAAAGGGCAGUGGAGAUUUCAUGAGGCCACUGCAACAGUUUGCUACUGAAUCAGCAUGGGGAACAAUAUGGACUCGACCGGGUCUUUCGCACCGAGAUCGGAGUUUGCUGAACCUCGUUAUGCUCACAGCGAUGAGUAAAUGGACUGAACUCGGUACGCAUGUUCGGGGAGCUGUCAGGAAUGGAUGUAGUGAGGUUGAGAUUAGGGAGGCACUAUUACAGGCUAGUGCUUACUGUGGUCUGCCAUCUGGUAUGGAAGCAUUCCGGGUUGCAGACCGAGUCUUGAACGAGAUGCAGGAGAAGGGUGAGAUGGUGAGAGGCUGA